AUGAUUCAAAUUCAAAUCAUUGCAGAGGCCAAAUGGUUGAUAGUCUACGACAAUGUAGAAUCUUUCGACGUCCUCGUCACGCACUGGCCCAACCUAGCGGCAAAUGGUCACGCCUUGAUCACCACUCGCAACACCGAUCUUGCCUGGGAGCCGGCAGAAAUCGGAAUUGAAGUUGAGACUUGGGACAUCGACAACGGCGCCAAGUGUAUUAUCCAUCUACUCGCCGAUCACAUCAGCGCCGAUGUCUUGGCCAGCCAGUUCAACUCAGCGCUAGAGCUCUCAGAGAGGCUCAGCGGCCACGCUUUGGCUCUAGACAGGAUGGCGGCUGUUAUUCACAAGCGCGGCUGGACCAUAGGCCAGCUGGUCGAGAUCUAUGACCGCGCCCCGGAGUUUGGACAGAACGGUAUCGGCCCAGUCUGGCAGAUCUCUUUUCAGAACUUGAGCGUCAACGCGAGUUCGAUUCUGGCGGUCAUUUCGUGCUGCAGUGCGGAUCGGAUACCGGAGAUGCUCUUUCAGCCCGGAGAGCCGGGAAAGUUGGCAACGGAGCUGCCGUGGUGUGGAGAUGUCCUGACGUGA